UUAUUUGUUCAUUGUUCAUAUUUCAGAUUUCGUCGCGAAUUUCAAAUUUCAAGAUCGAAAAUGGGAGACGGUGGUUUUGAUCCGUGCGAGUGUAUUUUCAACCAUGAAAUGGCAAUGCGCAGACUCCUAUCUUUGCUUAGGUACUUUUGGUCUAUUCUAAUGAACGAUUUUUCAAAAAAAAUAAAAGGGACUGUCCUAGAGAACGAUUUUUGGAUCUUCAAGAACUCACUAUUCAAGCUAAACAGUGCUGAUGGUAACUUUAUGAUGUUUGCUAUGGUCUGGAUGAUGAUGGCCUUCGUCAUGUACUUGCUUAGGCCACAGUCCCUCAGAGGAAACAGAGGAGAUGCUAAACCUCAAGGUCCCCAGGGAGGAGGAGGGAAUCCUGAACCCCCAGCUAUCAGUUAGAUACAAGCAUAACUCCAUAUCUGUGAUUCAACCAGAGAAAACAAACCAACCAGGAGAAAGAAACCAACCUUCGGAACCAACUUUUAUCAGCGUUAAAAAUCCUCUAAAUGUUCAAAAUUCAUCAAAACAUUGAAGCCAAAUUAAACCCCUUCUCUUUUCUCUGGUUUACUAUAGAAAGUUUAAACGAUUUUCGGACUGAACAAAAUGUCGCCUCAUGCAUAUUAGAUUUAAAACAUAAUCAUCCUUCAGCUUCAUUCAGUGUUUUGCUUUCUUUAACAUUUUCAAAACCGUUUUUUAUCUUUAACAUCGUUUUUAAACAUUUAAAGUUUUCUGUCUUUUAAGAGGCUCUACACAAAUUUUAAGCAGUUGUUAAAAUUUUUAGUGUUCUCCAAAAUUUCUACUCGAACAAAGGUAUAACCGUAUAAACCAGAACGAGCUAAUUAAGUUUUUUCGUUUACGGCUUAUAACUUGUGCCAAAGUACAAAUAUGACGAUGCAUUAUAAAGCCAACAUAAUGAGCUUGCGACUCUAAAAUGAAAUAAACAUCCCAGAUUUCUGUUGUUCCUCUUAAAAGUUAAAAUCUUGAAUGUUUGAAAUAAAAAACCAAGGUAUGUGUCAAAUAGUUCGGCUAAUUUAACGAUAUUUCAGAACAUUUCUGUUUUAUGAGAUAUUUUAUAAAACUGUAUUGGCGAUCCACCACCAUGCAACCAAGGGUUAUUCAUAAUUGUUAAGUGCAUACACUGGAUGUUUACAUUUGGAAUUAUAUUCUUGGUUAAAUAGUCCUCAGUCCGUUUUGAAAAAUCUUUUUGCACAUAAUGCCGCUGUCGUUUUAGCUAAUUUUCUGAACUUCAUAUAUUUUAUUUAACCACGUGUGAAUUUAAAGCAGGGGGUUUAAACUAUGGCAACAUUAGAAAAGUUGUAUGGUUCCCUUGCUGAAAAGAACUGAAUUCUCAGCUAAAAAUCUAAUUUUCUAAUCCUUAUAUCUUUGCAACCGGAUGGUGUAAAGCUUUGUCAUGUCAAAUUAUUUGAAGUUCAUGUAGCAGAAUUCAUGACACUAGGUUGCAAAGAAAAUAAUUUUAAAAUUAGAGUAAGAGAGAGUAAUACGUUCUUUUCUUCUUGAUUAUGAUAUAUAUAGGACAGCACUGACGACGCUGGUUUCACAUUUUUACUCAUCUGAUAUUUAAAUAUUGUUCAGAUAGUUUGAAUGCCAAGCCCUUCAAAAAUUAUUGUUUUUUUUUUAUGAAAACAAAUUAUAUAUUGAAUAGAGCAUUUAUAUUAAGCACAUCAAAAUACAAAUAAAAUUUAAUUGUA